AUGGCAGCUGCCCAAGUCCAAACUCAGCCCGAUAUACAAUAUCAUCCAGACUACAACAAAUUUCUAGAUCGAGGCAAAAGACGUCUGGAGAGAGAAGUUUUAUCAAAAGAUCUGCCAUGCGGAUUGCCUCAACAACUUUCUUCAUCUUUCGUCUGGGCCGGAGACGAUAUUCAAGGUCGUGAUGACUGGGUGAUUGCGCUAACAGCGAGGCAUCUUGAAGAAAUUGAUAGAGCGUUGAACCAAUUCAAAGAAUUGAACAAACCAUAUGGGUAUAUCAACCGACGGACUUUUCCGUUAUCUAGUCUUGGUAGCCUACUACGGGAUAGUUCACGGGAGCUUCACUUUGGGCGAGGCUUCUUCGUUCUGCGCGGUAUACCGGUUGACAAAUAUACAACCGAGGAGAAUAUCAUUAUAUAUGCCGGGGUGUCAUCGUACGUUGGAGAUCUGCGCGGCAGGCAGGAGAGGAGAAACACCACUGACGGGAAGUCAGCGGUUCUGUCGCAUAUCAAAGACCUGACUGGGACAUACAGCAGGGAGACUAUCGGAGGACCGGCCAGUACAAAUGAUAAACAGGUAUUCCAUACUGAUUCUGGAGAUAUCGUUUCUCUUUUCUGCCUGCAGGAAGCGGCAGAAGGUGGCGAGUCGCAACUAGCGAGCAUCUGGCAGGUCUAUAACAUCUUAGCUGAAAGCCGCCCAGACCUCAUUCAAACUUUGACGGAGGAAUGGCCGUUUGACGGUUUUAAUAACCCAGAUCGACCAUACACCUCGAGGCCCUUGCUAUACUACCAACCUGCGUCGCCCAUAGCCCCAGAACGACUCAUAGUACAGUAUGCCAGACGAUACUUCACUGGAUUCCUUGCCCAACCACGUUCGCGCGACAUCCCUGCUAUCACCGAAGCACAAGCAGAAGCCUUGGAUGCCUUGCAUUUCCUUGGUGAGAAACAUAGUGUGCAACUAGACUUCCGGAAAGGGGAUAUCCAGUAUGUGAACAACCUAGCAAUUUUCCACGCCCGGAAAGGGUUUGUAAACGCUCCUGACAAACAACGCCAUUUGCUACGGCUGUGGCUUCGAGAUUCUGAGUAUGCAUGGGAGACCCCAAUUCAACUACAAGAUCGUUGGGAUGAAAUAUAUAAGGAGUUGUCAGAGGAGGAGCAGAGAUUCCCUCUGGAACCUACUCUGAGAAAUGUGAUAUCUCCUAACGCUCGCAAAGACUUAGCUCUUUCAAGGUUGCAAUAGAUGUCUUUGAUCUGUGGGGAAGAGACGAAGCGUCGCAUGGGCCAUAGGAAGAUCGUAUCUUUGCUGUUUGACGAAAUAAUAUUCUA